UUUUUUUAUUUUGGGAGAAGUUACCAGAAAGAGAAGCAACUACAAAAGCAAUGACAUGGGUGAGGGAGUUACAAUGAAAGAGUGAGCAAUUUUAUUUUUGUUUUCAUUUUAGUCUUGAGCCAAGAAAACGGAGUUGUUGAAUAAACAGGUGUUAUACUUAUAUCAUUGUGUAACAAACCUCCCAAAUUUAGUGGAAUAAGACAACAACUCACUCAUGGAAUUUAUUCUCAUGGAUUGAGUGGGAGAGCACAAUGGUGGUGGCUUGUCACUGUCACUUGGUGUUUCGGGUGUCAGCUGGGAAAACUCAGUGGGCUAGGCUGACUCAAAGCCUGGGGGCUGAAACAGCUGGGAGAGAGGAUUCACUGCUGAAAUGAGGGAUAUGGAAUUUAGGGAGUAAAUACGCUAUCAUUUUUACUUAAUUCAGAAGGAAGGAGGAGUCUAUUGAAAAUGGGAUAUGAGGUAGGAGACUAGGGGAGAAAUGUGACAAUUUGAAAUAUCUUCUAAAAGGAGAGACAUUGGAAGUCACUCAAGCCCAAGAAUUUUGGGGUGAUAUUUAAGGUUCAACGAAAGUUUUGAGUGUGUAGUUUCAAUAAUCUAUGCAGUUGCAUUAUUUUCACCUAUAUGCUAUGCUAGUAGAGAGUGGUAGCCAAGCAAUUUCCUGUGUUCAGAAGAGUCCGAUUAUACCCCAGCCCAUCUUUAGAUAUUUUUCCUCUUUGUAGAUUUAUAUGUAUCUGGAGAAAGAAAAGCAACAGCUAGACUUUAAACAAAGGAAUGAAGAAGGGAUACUUACCUAAGCAAAGUGUUGUGAAAAGGUCUAAUGUUAAGCCUGAGAUUUGGGGAGUGGGGCAAGAUGAACUGUCAGACAUACUUGUCAUAGACGAUACAAGUUUCAGAGGUGGUGUUCACACUUGUCCUUCUCACCAGCUAUUCCUACUCCAUGUCUUUGAGAGGAGAUAUGAAGUGAAUAGUGACAAAAAUCAAAACAAAUAAUAGUAACAAUGGCAAGCUCUGUUCAUUAUACCAUGUAAUAAAUACAUAAUGUGACACUUUUGUAAAAUAACAUUAUACUUCUGUUGAAUGUCUGAAGGGUGUCUGACAAGGUGAGAUCUACAGUAAAAUGUUUGGAUAUUUACUAAAUAAUUUUAAGAGUCUAGUCCUCUAUAGUCUUAUUCUGACAGAUUUAAAAAAGAUACUCUCAAUCUGUGGGCUAUGUGACUGAAUGAGAACUUUCUUGAAGUUCAUUCCCAUUUCUAAUCACGAACAAAUCCAUAAAUAUUACUUAGUUCCUCUACACAAGGAAUAUAUUGAAUUGUUUGCCUACAUACCUGUAUAGUAACAUUUUAAAGAAAAUUUUCACUCCUUUCUGCUAGUUAAGUCCCAAAAACAAUUAAUAAUUCUUAAUUAGUUAAUCCAAUGUAUCCAAUUGAAUUAAGUGAUUAUAUUGACUAUUUGAUUGUACUAACCAAUUUAGUCAAAACUCUUUACCCCCUAUAUUUCAUUGGUUUUAAGAUGAGGACUUUAUUAAAAAAAUAUUUUAGUACUCUCACUUUGAGAUUCUUGUAUAAUCGAUUGUGUGUCAUUGCUUUACUGGAAGCAUUUUCUCUCUUUCUCAGUGGUCCAUAAAAUAAUGCUGCAAUCUAUAUUCUGUGACAUCAUCGAUUCAAAUAAAUGCAAUAGGUAAGUUACAGAAAGAAGGAAAAACUGACACCUAAUUAAUGCAUAGACUAUGAACUGAUUCACCAGCAUGGUUCAUAUUAAGUUUUACCCCAGUGGAAUUUUCUCCUUACAAUAUCAUCUACAUUCUAGUUUUCCUAUGUAGUGUUAAUGCCUAUCAAGAUUUAGCUGAGCGAUAAUUUAUGACAAUUUUCCUGUAUCAAGGUCUAAUAGCAUUUUAGAAACUUUAAUUAACUCUUGGAGCAGAAAUUCAUCAAGAGACCAAUAAAGUAGUUACAAUGGAUAAAUUCCAGCAGCAGGUAGAGUGAUACACUUUUAUCUAGGCAGUCAUUGAAUCAUGCAAUUUAAAGGGCCAGACCAUUUUCUGGAUGAUAAAACUAAGGUCUACAGAGAUUUAAUGAGGAAAGCCUAUUCUUCUGUUUAAAUGACAGAACAAAAGAUUUGCCCAAGAGAACAUGAGAACAGGUCAUUAAUUUAAUUCUCCUAGUCAUGGUUUAUAGGUCAGAAUGCUAUGAAAUUUCAGAAGGCAAUACACAAAAUGGAAAACUUUCUCCCUAGCGAAGAGGUUUUAUCUAGUUUGAAUUCCAAAUAAGAAAGUAUAAAACUGGCUGUUCAUUUAAGAGUAGAAAAAGAAUUUCUUUAUUUCACACAUAUCUUCUCUUUAAUACAUCUUUUCAGGAAUUCACAUUACUCUUUAACACAUGUGUUCUGAGGAACUCAGAUUAUGUUAUUUGAAACCUUCCAUAAGAUUACAUUAUAUAAGAGGAUCUUAUGUUGCAUUAGGUUAUUAUACUAUCCUGAAUUUUUUUAUUUUACACUUUUUAAAAUUUUAUUUUAUUUUACAUUUUACACUUUGAAAAAGUACUUAGUAAAUGAUACUCCUGGAGAAUUAUACAAUUUGCUGCUGUUGGUGAGCAUUUCAAAACUUGUUUUUGCAUUACAGAAUUUGACAUAGAAAAGUCUUUGAGACCAAUGAACUUUCAAAGAAUGGUAUUUAAUAUUAAUAUUUCAAGAAUGCAGCUUUAUGAAUUUGCCUUAUGGGGGACACUUUAUGGCAAUUCAGUUAGAAAGGUAAAAUACAAUGGCCAUGUUUAUUUGGGGCAUUCUUGCAGACAUGACUUUCUUAGCAUUGUUGGGAAAUACAGAAAGGAAAGUGUCUAAUGAGUCCAGAUUGUAUUUUCAGCUCCAAAAUAUUUGCUGACAUGGCACAAAUGUUUACAUGAAAAUGUAUUCUUCAUGGAGAAUUAAAUUAUUACAUUUGUAAUUCUUGGAGCAGAAUAAAAAUAGCCAGUUUGAUGAUCAAAACCUUGGGGCAAACUUGCUUCUCAGAAUGUGACUUGAGGGAAUGGAGUAGACAGGUGAUUAGAAACCUAGAGUUAUUGCUCUUUAAAAGAAUUUAAAUUCCUAAAUUAUGCCUUAUAUUUUCAUCCUUAGUUGAAACAAAGAAAAGAAUAAAAGAAAAUAUACUUGCCAUUUUACUCUGUUUAACCAGUAGUAGGAUUUUGUAAAAUGUAUGUUCCCAUCUACUAUUGUAGUUUAUUUAUUACAUGACCACGAUAUUUUAAAUCUUGAUCAUAAUCCCUUUUCAACUAUAUAAAAAUAUGUCUAAUGACAAAUAUUUUAGAAAGAUUUCCUGGAAAAAAACCCAGAUGUUUACCACACUAUACAAAUAAAUGAGCUAUGACUUAUACUGAACUUUAAAUACUGUUUAUUUUGCCAGAGAAAGAAAACAUAUUUUAACAGUGUAAAAUUUAGGUUAUUCCCUUUGUCUUGGAAUUUUUUUUUUUUUUUUUUUUGGUUUGAAGACAGAAUGCAAUCAUAGUUGUUAUAUAACAAAACUUUUAUGCAUAUCCUAGGCAGUGUCCUGUAUCUUUAUUAGGAGCACUUUUUAUUUUUUUGGCAGCUUGAUUCGGAAGAAGUUUUAUUCAUCCUCACCAGUAAAUAAUUUGUGUGUGUGAGUGUGAGUGAAAUACACAACUUUGGUUUUUCAAAGUGGAAUACAAGUAUGUACAACAUCUGAGAUCAGUGUUAUCAGUAGUGAUCCUGAAUCACCGGGCACCAUGAUGGCUUUGCUACCGUCAAUGUACUCUGUGUACAUUCCAUUCUUUUCUUCCUAACGUUCAGUACAAGGGUAGAUUAAGCACCGAGGAAAUGGCAUUGACUUUUUGACCACCAGGGAAAUGUUCCGUUCAGCGUGCUCCCCUAUAAAAAGCAGCUAGGCACUGGGAACAAAACUAACUGCAUUUUCUCAGUGGAAAGAAAGAAGGACAAAGGCCAGGCUAGCUCAUCCGAGAUUUGCUACUUUUGCUUUUUAAGGUCUUCUCUUUGUUCGCUUUUAAAAUGGGGGCAAAAGAAACCAAAAAACAAAAAACUUUUCGGUACUGGUGUGAGAAAUAUACAAAGGUCACCAAAAAAAGCAAGGAACAUAUUAGUAACAUUGUUGCGGUGAAUUUCACAUUUCCUUUUCUCCUAAAUAACACCCCCUUUCAGUCUUGACUUGGGCCGACGCUCCAGCUUUUCAGCCGGGUAGAAGUUCGGCCACAAGAUGGCACUGACCUGCAAACAAAGGAAAACAGUGGCUCUGACUUUCUAAAGCCCUGUGACAUUGUCUUGCUUUCCUGGGAGUCCAGGACUGUGGGGAUGAGUGCUUACUUUCCUUUGCACCGUGCCUCUGUGUUUAACAACGUGUGGAUAUGUUUAAUUUCUCUUCCUUCCAGAAUUCCUAGGCAACGCACCCCCGAAGUGUAUACCCAAGCUGAGGUGUUUGUGGGGGGAGCAGCAGGCGCUACUCGCGGGGCGCCGUCACGUGAUCCGGGGAUAAGGUGGAGUUCGGCUUUAAGGGGGCGUCUCUUCCUAUCUUCAUCAAUCUUUAGGAUUUGAGCAGGAGAAAUACCAGCGGAUCUUUUCUCCCGGCUCUAUCCCUUCCAUUACCAUUCUUCCCGCUUUAAUAAACGGGCGAAAACGACGAAUCCAACAGAGGAUCGUUCAGAUUUGCCAUGCUUACCUGGGUCCUACGAAAAAAGCAUAUCUCACUAGGUGGCCCCCAGGCAGGGGGAAAUGGAAAGCUUGCUUGUCACUACCUGGACAGAGAAACAGUAUCUGUCAGUCCCAAGACUCUAGAAUGCUUUCCUGGUAAAGAGAGCAGAAAGCUGUCCAGCCCAGUACCCCACCUAUGACUAAAGACUAAGUGCUUUUCGGUAGUAACAGCACUAAGAACAGCAAGCAGUGAAAGACCAGCAUUCCAAUUGGAAAAGAUAAGGAAAUUUCCCUUUGGAAGGGGGCCAAUUUUCCAUCUGAUGAUAUUGUUCAGUUCAAGGGAGUGAAGAAUUCAGAAUAAUUUUCAUAAAUGGAUUGCAAUAUGAAGAAUAAGAAUAAGCUGAAUAUUUGAUCUGCUUUGAAGAAACAUAUUUUCCAUUUGUCUAGAAUAAUCUAUAACAACCAAACCAAUCAAAAUGAAUUCAACAUUAAUGUCCCAGGUUGAAAAUCAUUCAAUCCUAUGUAAUUUUUCAGAGAAUUCCCAGUUUUUGGCUUUUGAAAGUGAUGAUUGCCAUCUGCCCUUGGCCAUGAUAUUUACAUUAGCUCUUGCUUAUGGAGCUGUAAUAAUUCUUGGAGUCUCUGGAAACCUGGCGUUGAUCAUAAUCAUUUUGAAACAAAAGGAGAUGAGAAAUGUUACCAAUAUCCUGAUAGUGAACCUUUCCUUCUCAGACUUGCUUGUUGCCAUCAUGUGUCUCCCCUUCACAUUUGUCUACACAUUAAUGGACCACUGGGUUUUUGGUGAGGCAAUGUGCAAAUUGAAUCCUUUUGUGCAAUGUGUUUCAAUCACUGUGUCCAUUUUCUCUCUGGUUCUCAUCGCUGUGGAGCGACAUCAGCUGAUAAUCAACCCACGAGGGUGGAGACCAAAUAACAGACAUGCUUACGUAGGUAUCGCCGUCAUUUGGGUCCUUGCUGUGGUUUCUUCUCUACCUUUUCUCAUCUAUCAAGUACUGACCGAUGAACCGUUCCAGAACGUGACACUUGACGCGUUCAAGGACAAGUACGUGUGCUUUGAUAAAUUUCCAUCGGACUCUCAUAGGUUGUCUUACACAACUCUCCUCUUGAUGCUGCAGUAUUUUGGCCCACUCUGUUUUAUAUUUAUUUGCUACUUCAAGAUAUAUAUACGCUUAAAAAGGAGAAACAAUAUGAUGGACAAGAUGAGAGACAAUAAGUACAGGUCCAGUGAAACCAAAAGAAUCAACAUCAUGCUGUUGUCCAUUGUGGUAGCAUUUGCGGUCUGCUGGCUGCCUCUUACCAUCUUUAACACUGUGUUUGAUUGGAAUCAUCAGAUCAUUGCUACAUGCAACCAUAAUCUACUAUUCUUGCUCUGCCAUCUCACAGCAAUGAUAUCCACUUGUGUCAACCCCAUAUUUUAUGGAUUUCUGAACAAAAAUUUCCAGAGAGACUUACAGUUCUUCUUUAACUUUUGUGAUUUCCGGUCUCGGGAUGAUGACUAUGAGACAAUAGCCAUGUCUACCAUGCACACAGAUGUUUCUAAGACUUCUUUGAAACAAGCAAGCCCAGUCGCAUUUAAGAAAAUCAACAAUGAUGAUAAUGAAAAAAUCUGAAACUGCUCUAGCAUAUGGCCCCAGAUGACACCUGUCUAAAAACAAGCACAACCCACAACAAUACUUUUAUUCCCCCAAGGAGUGAGGUUGUAAUCAUUUAAGAAAGACCAAGAUUUGUUUGUCUUGCUUUUUACCGCUUUAAUUGUAACUGUCAUAAUUAAAUUCGGACAAAAUGUAUGGACUUUGGAAUUUUCUGACAUUAGUUUGACCAGACAUCCUUGAAGUGCUUUUUGUAAACGUAUGCAUAUAAUACAAAGACUUUUAUAUUUGACUUGUUGGAAUAAAAUUGCUUUAAAGGACUACUACUGACUGACUUUAGAAACACGGUAUCUAAUACGCAUUAGAUUGGGCUAUCCCUAUUUGAUUAGGUUACACGGUCAAUAGAUUGGGCAAUCCUGAUGUAAUGAUAGACAUUUCAGUCUGUUACAGAGGUGACAGCAAAAACAGCAUUCGAGAUGUGGAGCCGAGUCUCUGUCUUACAUACCUACAGUCUGAAGUCAUUGAAGAGUGAUUUGCAUUUUUUUUUAAAUUUAAGACAGGAUUUAAUUUGCUCCUGAUUUAUCACUUAAGAUAAAAAUGCAUAAAAAUACUUCUCAGCUGUGAAUAUCAUGGGGAAUUGGGCCACCCACAAGAAUUAAGUGGGAAAGCAGUUCUCUAACUUCAAAACUAUUUUGGUACCUGACAACCAAAGGGUUUCAGAGCAAUUAAUUUAACAAGCAAACUAGUAGUGCAGCAAAUAGUUGAAUUAUAUUCAUCUGAAUUGUUGGUCAAGAGGUUUUCCAUUCUUCACAAACUGUUCAGUGUUUGUCCUAGCCUAAAUACAUAUGUGGCUUAAAGGUAUUUCCAGCUUUCGAUAUGUAAAAACACAGAGUGUAUUUUCCAUACAUCAGUGCCUAUAUAGUAACUCAUUUUUAACUUUUUCAAUGUCCGUUUUUCAAAGGAGGACACCAAAGUAUAAUGUUAAAAGAAUGUUCACCCUGGCUGGCAGGGAUAAAUACCUGAAAACUGAGAACACUUCAUAUAGCCCAUUUUAACUUGUAUAAACUGUGUGCCUUGUGUAGUCUUGUAAAUAAAGUACUGUAUAGAGUACUAAGUGGUUGUGUUAUAUUAAUACACUUAAUUUCAUGCAUCCUGUAUUCAUGAUUGAGCCUCAGAGUCAUUUGGAGAGAAGAUAUUUUAAAGAACAAGAUACAACUUCAGUGUAUUAUAAACGUAUUAAAUGUGUUUGAUUUUA